GUGACGACAACAGCGGUGUGUUGACUCUCCAACAUGGCGGCGUUGAGAAGGAGGCGCGGUGUCCCAGUCAACAGGGAGAGGGGAGUGAUGGCCUCGACGGACUGCUACAUCGUGCACGAGAUCUACAACGGGGAGAAUGCCCAGGACCAGUUUGAGUACGAGCUGGAGCAGGCCCUGGAGGCCCAGUACAAGUACAUCGUGAUCGAGCCCACGCGCAUCGGGGACGAGACGGCGCGCUGGAUCGCGGUGGGCAACUGCCUGCACAAGACGGCGGUGCUGUCAGGGGCGGCGUGCCUGCUCACCCCGCUCUCCCUGCCCCUGGAGUACUCACGCUACGUGGCCCUGCCCGCCGGCGCCCUCAGCGUGGCCUGCGCCACCCUCUACGGCAUCUCCUGGCAGUUCGACCCCUGCUGCAAGUACCAAGUGGAGUACGACAGCCACAAACUCUCCCGCCUCCCCCUGCACACACUCACCUCCUCCACGCCCGUGGUGCUGGUGAGGAAGGACGACAUCCACAGAAAGAGACUCCACAACACGAUAGCACUGGCUGCCCUGGCCUACUGUGUUAAGAAGAUCUACGAACUCUACGUUGUAUGAUUUAAUGCAAACAAAAAAAAAAGGAAAAAAAAAACGAAUAAAAAAAUGAAAAAAAUUGGGGGGACAGGGGCGGGCAGGCAACAGAAAACACACCCAGAAACAACGACAAAAAAAGUGCAUUCAGCUGUUUUGACACUCAAGCUUUGUUGUUGUUUAACGGUUCAGAGGGAAGUACUAAAAACUAGAGGCAUUUUUUUCUUUGUUUACCCCUCUCUUUGUUUUCUUUGUAAAUGACAUCACCAGUGCACUUAUUGAUAUGAUAUUUACAUUUCCACCCCCAUCAUCCAUACACUAAACUUGUGCAUAUGGGUAAGAGUCAGUAUCUUGACGAUUGUGAGACUAUGACAGCUGAAUGGACAGAUGUGUUUUAAGGAUUAACAGCCGAUACUUUUUUUUGUCCUCAGUAGUUUUAUUGUACCCUUUCAUGCUGAUCAAAGUCACCACUUCAUUAAACAUUAGGAUAUUUGAAACUCACUUCACCUUUCUGUACUUUAUUUUACUUUUUAAUUAAAUCCACUCCAGUUGACCUCUGAAGUUGACAGUACAGAUACCUACUUUCACACUGAAUUAUAGGUCUUGUCCAUUUGUCCCAAGUCUGUUGGUUGCAUAUUAGAGGCACUGCAGUUGUGGGUAAUAUGUUCUUUAACACAAGUUAAAAUAUUUCUUGAUUCAGUUAUGCGCACAUCAAUUUAGUAAAAAAUUAGAUGAGCUAAAUGGCAGGGUGUUCAAGUGGAGACUGGAUCUCAAUCUUUUCCUACUGUCUAUCAGGGUGCAUGUGGCCAGUUUUCCACUGUUGAAUCAGAAGCUUUUUAAAGGGUCAGACUUGGUGAAUGCCCUGCAAAAAAGCUUUAAUAAUUUGAUUUUUAGAGCCUGGUUUUUCCUCCCUCAAAGACUGCUCUUUUAUCCUAGUAAUGUCACAAUGGAGCAAUUUUUUGAAGAUCAAGGAGUUUCCUGCAUGUAUUACUGCUUAGGGUUCAGAGGAUUUUAAUCGAGAAUGACAGGGUGCAGCCACUUCAGUGUUACUCAUUAAAAUACAUACAUGCUGUCUUUUCAUCCAGUCAUUAAAGUCAUUUCACUUCUUACAGUACUGUGUUAAAGAGGAGAUUGCGUCUAAUAUCCUGUUAGACACCGAGAUGUUCAGAGGCAGAUAAAGUAUAGAGGGUAACUGCUGUACCCUCUCAGUCUGCACAUGCCUGUUACAGUUCAGAACCCAUGCAAACGGGAAGCCUUUUAAUGUGAAUAUGGGGCUCUGCUUAAAUAUAGAAUGACCAUACAGCAUCUGCGGAUGGGUUUUUGGAGUUAAAGUUAUGACACAUUUUACUAGGAAUCUUAAUCUUUUUCUGGGGGGUGAGGUGAUUUGGGUGCAUUUAAGUAUGCACUUAGUUGUCCACCCCAAGUUUUCUAGGGCAGGUAUUUGUGUCCUGUGUAAAUUACCCAGACAGAAGAUGCAUCAUUUACUUGGAUUGUAGUGUGCUGCAAUGGAGAACAUACUGCAGUUUGACCUUAAUUUGGGGAACACAUUGCUGGACAUGUUUUUUGUUACUUACACAGAAUAAAAUCUUUACCAUUUAACAUAAUGUGAAAUAAAUAUGAAAGAAGUACACUUCUUUCUCUCCUUAACAACAUUAACGUUUGAUCCACAGUGGAACAAUAAAAUUCUGUCAUUAGUCAUUAAAGAACUAUACACAAAACAAAAUGCACAGGGUUGCAUUUUAUCUUGACCUGUUGACUACCAUAUAACACCCUUCAACUAUACAAGACAUGUCCAGGCAAGUCAUGCCUUAUCAUUAUUAAAUUGUCAGGGAGAGAGCAGUUGUGCUGAUGACAUUUCAUUUCCCUUCCCUACUUAGGAAGAUACUGAUCACCUUUGGCACCAUUCCAUCUGCUAUUCUCUUUAGCUUGGUAUUGAUUUUUUAAUGCAGCCUGAAUUGCUGAAAAUGCUUCUCAAUCAGAAUCUUAGACAAUCCAAAAUGGUCAGAUUUGUUCCCCAUCUAUCCAGAAGCACAUAGAUUCAAACAAUUAGAUACAUCAACACAAUAAACAUGAGGAAAACCAUACCCAUGUGUGCACACGUUAUACAACAGUUUAUUUAGCAAAUAAGUCAUUGGUUUUACAUCUUACAUUUUUUUAAACAAAAUUUUAUUUCUCCAAGCCAUAAUUACUAAUUACUUUUGACUGAAUGUCAAAACAAUUUAUUGCCAAUAUUCAGACCAGGAAAUGAAUGGAUAGGAACCUCUUCAGAAUCCAUAUUUGCAUGUUUUAAAAGCACCAGCAAGUCAAAUGAAGCCUGUUUUUCCCACUGACCUUAUUAAUACUUGUUCAGACUACUCUAAUUUCACAACCAACACAAUGCAGCCAUCUUGGCGAAGCUUCAGGGAAACCACAUUUCCACAUCUCCAAAGAGGACACUUUUAAAUGCAGCUUUCACACAUCAUGGAACUUGGUCCUUCAUUCGAUGUUCAGGUGAAUUCAGCCCUCUUCUCCAGCUAUGGUCCAAGCUUCUUCCAGUUCUCAGAGCUGAUUUAUGCUAUCAACAUUUUAAAGACAGUAUUCAUGUUGACCUCUCUUAGUCUCCAUUUGUGGUUUUAAUCACGUACAGGAAAAAAUCACAUUAUUAGACUUCAAUGUUACAUCUGAAUUAUGUACCACCUAUGAAGUGAAAUUUUAGUGGUGUAUUUACACAACCGAAUAAAUAUCCUUUACCUUGA